CACUCCCGACACUUUUCUCUGGCCGCCGCGCCUCCAUCCCAUCCCGGAUCCAUUGCCGCAACGUCAGCGCCACCGCCUCCUCUUUUCCUCUUCCUCCUCCGCCCCUCUCGCUUCCCGGCUUCUCCAGUCGCAGUUCCCGGAGUGGGUACCGAGCCCGGGGCCGUGGGGUGCCAUGCUGCCCGGGUAGCGGCGCUGAAGCAUGGCGACGCCCGUCCCUCCGCCUUCCCCGCGGCACCUGCGGCUGCUACGGCUGCUGCUCUCCGGCCUCAUCCUGGGAGCGGCCCUGAAUGGUGCCACCGCCCGCCGCCCGGAUGCUACCACCUGUCCUGGAAGCCUGGAUUGUGCACUGAAGAGGCGGGCAAAAUGCCCACCAGGGGCACAUGCCUGUGGACCAUGCCUUCAGUCCUUCCAGGAAGACCAGCGAGGGUUCUGUGUGCCAAGGAAACACCUAUCUUCUGGUAUGGCAGAGUAUAGAAUUAAGGGAAAUGGAUGUGUGGCAUGUGUUUCCUUCCUCCCUCCCCUGCCCUAUGGCUCCAUACCUAAGGAUCCUAAAGCCCUGUGAUAGUGGCCACCCAUACCUCUGAGCAUCAUGGAAUGCUCAAAUCCAAGACCAGAGUGACAAGCCCCUCCAUCCUUUCAAGAUGGUGCUGAGGCAGUGUUGGACUAGGCUGAGCCCUAUGGCUGCUGGGUCCUCCAGGGUAAGGGAUGACCCCAGGAGGAGGCGGAGAGGUCAGACUGUUAGGCUUGGACCAUGAUAGAUCUCCCGAUGUCCUUCCAGCUAUCUACUCUUGCACCCUCUAGGCAACCUGCUCUUCUCUCUUGAUCACUUAUCCCGCCCCCUCACUCCCCACUCAGCAUGUUGGGAGGUGCCAGCCCCGUGGUGGUGGCCACUGUCCUUCAGUGUAUCCAGAUGCCUCUUCAGGAGUGAUGAGGGCUUUACCUGCGAGGUGCUGGGGAUGCGGCCAGCCAUGCUUCCUGGGAAGAAGGCUGAAGAUUGAGUCCCGUGUGGGAGCUUUUUAUUUGGGGCUUUGGUUUUUCAAGGCAGGGUUUCUCUGUGUAGCCCUGGGUAUCCUGGAACUCACUCUGUAGACCAGGCUGGCCUUGGAACUCACAGAGAUCCAUCUGUCUCUGCCUCCCAAAUACUGGGAUUAAAGGGCAUGUACCAUGCCACAGUGCGCUGAGCUUGGGAGCUUCUCUCUGGACUGUGGGGUAUUAAGGGAGAACCAGUCAGGGUCCACCCUACCCCCACCCCACCCCUGUAGGCAACUUCUUUUCUGAAGGCCUGGGAGUAGCCUAGAUGUUCAGGUGUGCUUUGGCAUUGUUCUAUCCCCUCAGGGUUUCCUUUCUUCUCUUAGGCAGAGAAGGUGCCUGGGGGUGGGAGAGGUUGGAUGGGUAGUGACUCCCAGUACUCUGGCCACCCCUCUGUGCACACUAGUUAGGAUGAGGAGUCCAUUCCUUUAUCUUCUUGUGGGUCUCUGCACACACCCUAGCCUUCCUCUCCACUUUUCUCCUCUUCCCUACCCCCUCCUUCCUCCUCCCCCACCUCUGAGUCAAAGAAGAUCCCUCAGUUGUCACCAUGGAAACCAAGAUAGUGAAACUUUGGAUGGGACCCUCCAUCUCCGGAGGCUGCUUGCUGCAGGAACUGGCACUGAAGGAGAAGGAGGCGGGGCACUCAAGGCUGACCGCACAGCCCUUGCUUGAGGCUGCGCAGAAGCUCCUGGAGCCUGCAGCUACCCUGGGAUUCUCACAGUGGGGUCAACGACUGGAGCCCGGGCUCCCCUCUACUCAUGGAACCUCUUCACCUAUACCCCAUACUUCCUUGAGUUCCCGAGCAUCCUCUGGACCUGUGCAGAUGUCCCCGCUGGAGCCCCAGGGAAGGCAUGGGAAUGGCCUCACCCUUGUGCUGAUCCUGGCUUUCUGCUUAGCAAGCUCAGCCGCCCUGGCUGUGGCAGCCCUCUGCUGGUGUAGGCUUCAGCGAGAGAUCCGCCUGACUCAGAAGGCUGACUAUGCUGCCACAGCUAAGGGGCCCACUUCACCUUCAACACCACGAAUCUCGCCUGGGGAUCAGCGGCUGGCACACAGUGCUGAGAUGUAUCAUUAUCAGCACCAGAGACAGCAGAUGCUGUGCCUGGAGCGGCAUAAGGAACCUCCAAAGGAACUAGAGUCAGCUUCCUCCGAUGAGGAAAAUGAAGAUGGCGACUUCACUGUGUAUGAAUGCCCAGGCCUGGCGCCAACAGGGGAGAUGGAGGUGCGCAACCCACUGUUUGACCAUUCCACGCUGUCAGCACCAGUGCCUGGUCCCCAUUCCUUGCCGCCGCUGCAGUGACUCCUAGGCCCACAUGCCUGCAGCCCACAGCCCACCAGUGGGGACGAGCGAGUCCUGGUGUUCCCCAUGGAAAAGAGCAGCAUUGUGACCCCCGCAUGCUUUUGGCAGGAGGGAGGCGCCACCCCUGGACUCCCUUGCCAGGGAGAUUCUCCGCCUUAUGUGGGAGAUCUAGCAUCUGCUUGCACAUUCUCUGUCUGGUAUGAACCCUCAAACUGGAGAUCCAAGUCCAGGAACCCUAGAGCCCAGGCAUGGAUAGAGAGUUUUGGAGACAAAAGCCAAUUAAAGUUUUUUUCAAACCUGU